AGAAUCAUUUCUCGAUAUUUCUCGCCUUUCUUUCUCAAAAACCAUGAGCUUCAUCAAAGCUAUGUUGGUGUUCCAAGGCCUGGGCAUGGCUCGAGGCGCUCACCAUGUGUGCAAUGGACCCAAAGAACCGCUGAUUCCGGGCAUCAUGCCUGGGGCUAGCAAGCCAAAGAUCAUCCUGGCUCAGGACAUCGAUUGGCCACGCUAUGCCUAUCUUGGGGUCCCUCCCGAGUCUGACUUUGAGGUUGCAGGCAUUGGGCAUGACAUUGCCAUGGGCCUUGAGACGGUCUGCAAUCUUAGCAUGACGGUGGUUGAGAUGAAGUGGAGCAAAUGCUGGGGCAACGCCAUCAUCGGCAAGGGCCUUGAGCACGGAGAAGUGCAUGGCUGCAUGACCUACACCCACACCUACGGUGCUCGCAAUCGUUUCAUGGAAUUCUCUAGGCCCAUCUUGAAAGACAACAAACCUGCUGGCCUUCUUGUGCGCUUGCAGAAUGGUGUUCCAGUCAUCAACGGCGCCAAUAACCUCAAUGGCCUGAAAGUGGUGGACGUGGUGGGCUGGGCCCCCACCGCUGAUACCUUGGCCCUGGCCGAGAACAAAUGCACCAAGGAGCGCUUCACAGGAUUUACCAUGGUGCAGCCCACCGUGACAACGGCCAACGCAAACAAUGAUGCGCUUGCCACCUUGCUGAACGGCGACGCGGAUGCCAUGUGGGUCUAUGCGGAUCAGGCCAAAAACUACCAAUGCUCCGAGGGCGUGACUGCCAACUGGGACUGCGACCUCUGGGCUGGCUUUGGCACCACCUUCGCCUACAUCCAGACAGGUCUCUUUGGGCACGCCAUGGCAGGGACUACCUUGUCCAUGUCCAAGAAGGGUUCCGGCUUGUCGGAGAUCCUGAACCCGUGCAUUGACAAGUUUAUCUUGACCAAGGACUACUACGACAUCUGCGUGAAGCACGGCUUUGAUGGGUCGUGCUUCGAAAACGAGCACUUCCCCGCCACUCAAGCGACGGAGUUGGUCUGGGAGAAGCCUACAGACCAGUUGACGACCACCUGCGCAGAUGGCUACUGCCCCUGCCCAAGCGUCUGAGGUGUGCUCCUUCCAUGGCAACUGCCAACUUUUUUGGUUGGCCACCAUGGAUUUUGAUCCUGCCUAAGGCAGAUUCAGAUGACCAACUCAUCGAUAAAUGCAGUGGUGAAUCUGACCAAAUUGGGG